AUGAAUUCUACUCAAUCCGCCCAUCCACUACAAAUAUAUUUUCCUAAUGAUUUGAAAACUCAUUAUCAAGAUCAGGGUUAUUGGUUAGGUUAUAAAUUGAAUAAUAUUUAUAUUGUCUUCAGUUUAGUAUUUAAUGACAAGGAUUUGAAACUACCUCCUGAAUUAUCAGAUUUGACAAUAAUUGGAACCCAUAACCAUAACAAGAAGACACCAAAACAGGAAGAAGGUGAUAAUUAUUAUGAUUUACAUUUGAUUUAUGACAAUGUCAAUCAAUUAUUAAUAAAUCAACAUCAAACUUCAUAUUUAAUUUAUUUUGAUCCUCCUAAUUUUCAAAAUUUAGAAUAUUUUUCAAUAACACCAAUAUUAUUACAAUCUAUGGGACCAAGACUAGAAAAAUGUCAAGAUUAUCCAUUAUUUGACAAACUAAAACAAUUUGAAUAUCAAAAACUCCACGCCACUAAUAAGAAUCAAAGUUUCAUAUCGGAUGAUUUAGUGCUUGAUAAAAUCAAUCAUUUAUAUCGAAAUCGAUUAUUAUAUAAACGAUUCCAUUCAAAUCGGUCAUUUAGUGCAUUAACCCCCCAAAAAUUCAAUUUUUUCAUUAUUCAAAACAUCAUUAUCCCAAUAAUUAUAUUUAUUCAAAAAUUGUUAAUAAUAUUGAUAACAAUUAUCAAUUAUAAAGUUUUAAAUUUGAAAUCAGAUUAUGAUGGAUUAAGUUUAGUGGGGAUAUCUCGAGUUUUCCGUCAAUUAGACUUACGAUUAAAACAAUUUAAUUAUUUCCCAACUCAAUUUUUAUGUUAUUAUUAUGAUAAAAAUAUUUUAUAUUCGGAAAAUUCUUUAAAAUUACCUAUAUUUAAUGAUAAUUUAAAUAUUAAUAAUUCUAAUUAUAUUAAUUUAUAUAAUUCAAUUUGGUUAAUUUUCAAUGAUAUUUUAAUAGGCGUGACAUUAUAUCAUGUGAUAAUGGAUAAUUUCGAAUCAAUUAUUAAAUUUAUUCGAUUGACAAUUAUGGAAAAAUAUUUAUUUAUGGAAUUAAUGAAAUUGAUUACUUGGAUAUCAACGGAAAAUCCUGCAGGGUUUAAAUUGAAUACUGAUUUAGGGAAAUUUUUAGGAGAUUUAUAUAUUUGGACAAUUGGAUUUUGUCAAACUAUUGUCAUGAAACUUGAUAGAAAUAGCAGUGAUUCUUUCAAUUAUAUUUUAUUGAUCGACAAAAUACUUAAAGUAUUAUGUUAUUAUGGAGGUUGUUCAUUUUUAUUGAGUUUUUUAAUUGAUGGGAUUAAUUUAAUCACGUUACAUAUUUAUGGAUUUUAUUAUUGUUCAGCUAAAAUAUAUCGACGUCAAUUAGAAAUCAUCAAAUCAUUAUUUCAAUUAUUUCGUGGUAAAAAAUAUAAUGUUUUAAGAAAUAGAAUUGAUAAUUUAAAUAAUUAUGAACUUGAUAGUAACACCAACUGUGCUAAUGAUAAUUCUAAUUUUGAAAUUGAUCAAUUAUUAUUGGGGACAUUAUUAUUUAUGAUGAUGAUUUUUUUAUUACCGACGGUAUUUGCAUUUUAUCUUGUAUUUUUCAUUAUGCAUUUAUUAAUUUUAAUGUCAUUUAAUUUAUUAGAAAAUUUACAAAUUAUAAUUUGUUUUAUUCCAUUAUUUGUUAUAUUGUUAAAAUUGAAAAAUUCUAAAAGAUUACAAGGUGGGAUUAAAUUUGAAUUUAUAAGAUUUUAUCAAGGAAUGACAAUUUUAAAAUUAUCUAAUAAAUCAUUAACUUAUCAAGAGAUUUUCAUUAAUUUUAUAAAAUUAUUUAGAGGAGCAAAAAAUUUCCGUGAUUCAAUAUUGUGGAAAUUUUUAUUAGGACAAAUUGUUAAAAUUAAAUAUGAUAAUAAUUUAAAAUUUCAUUAUUUAAUGUUACCACAAGAAUAUAGUGAAACUAUAAAUAUUUGGAAAUUUGUCAAACAAUAA